GGAAACUGGUUUUAGCUACGUCAGCUCCUGGGCGCUGGCGUCACCCACUGCAAGCCCCUGCAGAGUCCCUGCCAGCCCGCUGAUAGGAGUGGCCAGGAGUUCCCACUCUUCCCUGUGGCCCACCCUGUACCGCUGCUGGUAGAGAAUGCAGAGGCAGAGGGGGAGGCCCCUUAGGCAGUAGGUGGGGGAGGGAGCUGCCCAUCCUGGCCCUGCUGGGCUGGCCUGAGCAGUGGCAGUUCCUGGGUGCCCACUGUUGCCGGCUCCUUGGAAUCCUGCCGUUGCUCUCUGCUGAUUGGCUGCACAUAGAACAAUGGGAGGGGCACUACUGUGUCCAGAGGCAGUGGGGUGGAGGGACCCCGGGUCCUUGUUGGCAUCUUAUCAGCAGGUGGCAGGCAAAGCCAUCCCCCCACCGAGGGGGCCAUCUCCCUGGGCCCUGUUAUCAGGCCCAGAGUCCACAGGACGCUCCUCUGGUUAACGUGUAACCACAGGUUCUCCCCUGACACCCGCGGGAGCCGCCUGAGCCUGGGGGCAUCACAGGCCAGCAUGGACACUAACAAAGAUGGGCUCCUGGGGCCACUCUUCUCCAUCCAAGUCCGUCGCUGGAUGAGCCCCUUCCUCCUCACUUGCUCUGUCUACUUCCUGCUGUGGAUUCCGGAGGACCAGCCAUCCUGGCUCGGCGCCCUGAUCAAGUGCCUGCCCGUGCUAUGCCUGGCGGUGUUCCUGUGGGCCGUGUCCCCAGUGGGGAGCUAUGCACGCCUCCUCCAGGUAGCCUUGCUGUGCUCAGCCCUGGGGGACACUUUCCUCAUUUGGCAUGAGACCUUCCUCUAUGGCAUGGCCGCCUUUGCAGUGGCCCAUCUGUUCUACUUGGCGGCCUUCGGCAUGUCCCCGCUGCAGCCAGGCCUGCUGCUGGCUGUGGUGCCCGUCUUUGUCAUGUUCAGCAGCGUCCUGCUGCUGCACCUGGAGGAGGACAUGGUCCUCCCCGUGGUGGCCUAUGGGCUCAUCCUGAGCGCCAUGGUGUGGCGCGGCCUGGCUCGGGGUGGGAGCGCUGGCUGGGGGGCAGUGCUCUUUGCGCUCUCAGAUGGCGUGCUGGCCUGGGACAACUUUGUCCAGCCUUUGUCUAAUGCCCGCCUGCUGACCAUGGCCACCUACUACGCAGCCCAGACCCUCAUUGCCCUGUCAGCCCUCAAGAACGCCGGGCUCAAGACCAACUAAGGGAGCGCACGCCAGGCAGGCCAGGCCAGGCCGGCUUCCGCUGCCCCUGCCCUAUCCUAGGUCAGCCCUGCCUGCGGAAUGCCCCCUGCAGCUAAGCUUAGCAGGAUAUCUCAGGCUGGCACAGGGUACUGGGCAUCCAACUCCUGUCCCUCAGAUCUAAUACGGGAAUCCAGGCCGUGCACUGGGCUUGCAUUCAA